GAUAUGAAUCUCAUGUGAAAUACUGGUGCAGAGGGAAUGACUGGAGUUCAUGUACAACCAUAGUACGCAGUGACUCUCCACAGACGAAGGAUGAAGUGUCAAUCAGAGAUGAUCCUGACCAGCGAGUCUUCACUGUGACUAUGAACAAUCUGAAACCUGGGGUCUCUGAUUACUACUGGUGUUGUGUGGAAAUUAGAGCAGCUCCAGAUGUUGGAGAACAAGUUUACCUGUCAGUCACUGAGGGUGUGUCCUCAGUGAACACGGUGUCUGUACAGAGAGGAGGAUCUGUCACUAUCCCAUGUUUCUAUGACAACGUAUAUCAACAACAUGUGAAAUACUGGUGCAGAGGGAGUGACUGGAGUUCAUGUACUCCCGAAGUACGCACUGACUAUCCACAGAUAAGUGGUGAAGUGUCAGUCAAAGAUGAUCCUAACCAGCAAGUUUUCACUGUGACCAUCAAUAAUGUAAAAACUGUGGAUUCUGGUGAUUACUGGUGUGGUGUGGAGAUCAGCAGAGGUUCAGCUGUAGGAACACGGGCUUAUCUGUCAGUCACUGAGGGUGUGUCCACACUGAACAGGGUGUCUGUACACAGUGGAGGAUCUGUCACCAUCCCAUGUUUCUAUGACAACGUAUAUCAACAACAUGUGAAAUACUGGUGCAGAGGGAGUGACUGGAGUUCAUGUACUCCCAUAGUACACACUAAUUCUCCAAAGAAAAGUGGUGAAGUGUCAAUCAGAGAUGAUCCUGACCGGCAAAUCUUCACUGUGACCAUGAACAAUCUAAAAACUUGGAACUCUGGUUACUACUGGUGUGGUGUGGAGAUCAGCAGAGGUUCAGCUGUGGGAACACGGGUUAACCUGUCAGUCACUGAGGGUGUGUCCACACUGAACACGGUGACUGUAGAGAGAGGAGGAUUUGUCAUCAUCCCAUGUUUCUAUGACAACAUAUAUCGACAACGUGUGAAAUACUGGUGCAAAGGGAGUGACUGGAGUUCAUGUACUCCUAUAGUACGCACUAAUUCUCCAAAGAAAAAUGGUGAAGUGUCAAUCAGAGAUGAUCCUGGCCAGCGACUCUUCACUGUGAUCAUGAACAAUCUGACAUCUGGGGACUCUGGUUCCUACUGGUGUGGUGUGGAGAUCAGCAGAGGUUCAGCUGUGGGAACACAAGUUUCCCUGUCAGUUACUGAGGGUGUGUCCACACUGAACACAGUGACUGUACAGAGAGGAGGAUCUCUCACAAUCCCAUGUUUCUAUGACAACAUAUAUCGACAACAUAAGAAAUACUGGUGCAAAGGGAGUGACUGGAGUUCAUGUACUCCCAUAGUACGCACUAAUUAUCCAAAGAAAAGUGGUGAAGUGUCAAUCAGAAAUGAUCCUGUUAAGCGAGUCUUCAAUGUGACCAUGAACAAUCUGACAACUGGUGACUCUGGUUACUACUGGUGUGGUGUGGACAUCAGCAGAGGUUCAGCUGUGGGAAGACGGGUUUCCCUGUCAGUCACUGGGGGUGUGUCCACAGUGAACACAGUGACUGUACAGAGAGGAGGAUCUGUCACCAUCCCAUGUUUCUAUGAUAACAGAUAUAAAUCACAUGUAAAAUACUGGUGCAGAGGGAGUGACUGGAGUUCAUGUACAACCAUUGUACGCACUAAUUCUCCAAAGAAAAAUGGUGAAGUGUCAAUCAGAAAUGAUCCUGUUAAGCCAGUCUUCAAUGUAACCAUGAACAACCUGACAGCUGGGGACUCUGGUUCCUACUGGUGUGGUGUGGAGAUCAGCAGAGGUUCAGCUGUGGGAACACCGGUUUCCCUGUCAGUCACUGAGGUCCCUGCAGGUGUGUCCACAGUGAACAGGGUGACUGUACAGAGAGGAGGAUCUGUCACCAUCCCGUGUUCCUAUGACAACAUGUAUCAACAACAUGUGAAAUACUGGUGCAGAGGGAGUGACUGGAGUUCAUGUACUCCCAUAAUACGCACUAAUUCUCCAAAGAAAAGUGGUGAAGUGUCAAUCAGAAAUUAUCCUGUUAAGCGAGUCUUCAAUGUGACCAUGAACAAUCUGACAGCUGGGGACUCUGGCUACUACUGGUGUGGUGUGGAGAUCAGCAGAGGUUCAGCUGUGGGAACACCGGUCUCCCUGUCAGUCACUGAGGGAGGGAUUAAUGAAAAACAGAGUAGGGGGCAGUAACACCGAGAUGCUCCUCUACAUGUGGAGAGCUGCUGCUGAGGAUGAGAGCUGUGAGGGACACACAGAUACUGCAGUGAUGGGGAGGGAUAAUCACCAGAGAGGAGCAUCUUACAGUGAUGUGAGCUGUAUUUAAACGGCAUGCAGCUCUCUCACAUUACAGUGUGUAUUUCAGCCAUGAUCAAUGUGCUGUUUAUCUCACUUGUAUGUUGCUUUGGACAAGAUGGAAUAAAUGUAAAUGUAAGGUAUUAUCUUGGCGGUCUGUGAACUGCCGCUUUUAAUUCAUAUAAUGGAAAAAAUAUCAUUAACUAUCCUGCUUGAUUAGUAUAAAAUAAAGUGUUUGUUAUUUCAAUAUG